ACAGUGACUUUCCACGCGACUCUGAUUAUUGCAUCUUUGACGAUUCCCCGACCCUCCAGAGUUCGCUACGCCCAUCACUCUAAGUACUCGACAUCCUAUGAUCAUCAGAUAAACCGACCAUGUCGAUCCCCGGUUUGGGCCACCUCGUGGCGCCACAACCGACGUCCGCGAACCAAACCCGCACAAUCCGUCUCCAGCCCUUCUGGGAAUGGCGCUUCCAAGUCGCCUUCGACACUCAAAUCACCCUCAAACUCCUCUCCGGCACGGCCGAAAAAGACGGCACCGAGCUCGCCCUCCAGCACAUCUACACCUUUGCCGGCACCAGAUCCAAGAUCCUCACCCUGCAAGGAUGCGAGCUCGAGAUCGAGGGCGUGCUGGCGGACGAGUCCGUCGCAGAGUACCCCAAACCGCAAGACUCCCCCUCCAACUCGGUCCUGAACCUGCACUUCCAGCUCACCGCCAUGCGCCAGCGCGCCGCCGCCGAGAGGAGGGAGGGCCCGCGCAUCGCCGUCUGCGGGCCGCCGACGACGGGGAAAACGAGCUUGACGAGGACGCUGACGAGUUAUGCUGCAAGGGUGGGCGCGCAGCCGUUGGUGGUGAAUACGGAUCCUAAGGAGGGGAUGCUGAGCUUGCCGGGCACGUUGAGCGCCAGCGUCGUCGGGUCGCUGUUGGAUGUCGAGGCUGUUGAUGGUUGGGGCACGACGCCGACGAGCGGGCCGAGUCAGGUGCCGGUGAAGCUGCCGCUGGUGUACUACUACGGCCACGCGAGCUCCGAGGAGGACCCGGCCAAGUACAAGGAGCUCGUGAGUAAGAUGGCGGCGACGGUGACGUCGAGGUUGGGGCAGGAUCCUGAGGUCAAGGGGUCGGGUAUGAUUAUUGAUACGCAGGCCGUGACGGAGACCAACCAGGUUGGCAUGGAAAACUUUGUGCAUGUUGUGGAGGAGCUUUCGGUCAACAUUAUUAUUGUGUUGGGCUCAGCAAGUCUCAACGCCGAAAUCACCAAGCGCUUCUCCACGGAGAGGACCAGCCUCGGCGAGAACUACAGCAUCCUCCUCUUGGAAAAGUCAGAGGGCGUGGUCGAGCGCGACGUGGGCUACACACAGCAGGCCUGCGAGGCGUCCAUUAAGGAAUACUUCUUCGGUAGCAUCGGCCAGACGCUGAGUCCCGCCACGCAGCAAGUCGACUUUGACAGCCUGGCCAUAUACAAACUAGGAGAUUACUCCAUGUACGGCGGUGGUGCCGACGAGAGCCUGAUGCGCGUGGACCCCGCGCAGGCCAUGGCCCAUUGGACGCUGGCCAUCGUCUACGCCUCAGUCAAAGACUCGCCAGAGACAAUACGGACGGCCAACGUGAUGGGGUACGUGUACAUUGCCGACAUUGACAAGGAGAAGCGCAAGUUGAGGAUUCUGGCGCCGGUGAGUGGUCGGUUGGGAGAUCGGCCGCUGCUGAUGGGCAAGUGGCCGGAGCCGUUCAUCAACCUGUUGGGAUAGGAUAGUUUCAAUGAUACCACUUUACACCGUCACUGCUGCCGAAGUUUUUGUUGUCUCUUUUCUCCUUCGCAGCCUUGUUUUACGGUAUUCCAAA